UAGUGUUAAUGUCUUGAGUACUACUGGAUGUUUCCAACAUUUUGUGAUCUCCUCCUCUAGGACUCGUUGCAUAAAUAUUGUGCUAUUAGGGGGGUAUCAGCUAAUUAAAUCAAAGUGCUCUUUGACACGGAGAUUCACAGACCUGUAAGCGAAUCUCACAUAUGAAAAAAAUCGUUGUUUUCUUUGCUUAAUUUGAUUGUGUAUAUUCCCGGAUAUUUAAAUAUCUUGCAAAUAAUUAUCUAAAUUUAUUGUGCAUGAUAUCUUGUCUACAAUGCAACUUUUAAAUAUUCCUGUUGGAGGAAAAAUAGAAAAUGAUAUCGGAAGUGACGAAGACUAUCAAGAUAGAAUAAUCAUUUACGUAAGCCCUUGUAUAGCUCAGUUUGCCGUGGCUCUAGCCGAUGACACUCUCUGGAAACCUGUCAACUAUCAAAUAAUGUUGAAGUCUCCUCAUAAUUCUCCCAAAGUGAGAUUUGCCACUUUGCAUGAAUUAGUUCAGAAAUUAGGAGAGAAUUAUCUGAUUUUAUUACCAGAAUCCAUUCCAUUCCUAGCAGAACUGAUGGAAGGCAGUUUUGGGUUGGAACAUCUUAGCCAUCCAAUGUCUUAGCCAUGUGAAAUUUAGAUGUACCGUAAUAUACAAAAUUUGGGUUAGCUACAAAUCAAAUGAACAUGAGCAGGAUGUGAAUACCUUUUCUUCAGCACAGACACAUCGAUAAGUAUAGCUGGCAUAGAGUUACUUUCAGGGAAAGGUUUAUGAUAGAUUCUUGUAUUGUUUCUGUAUAUCUUUUUCAUUCAGUGAGACGUUUAAGCGAAGAGAGAAGCAGAGCUGAAAAUUUAUCAUCGCCAAAUUGUUUGCACUCUCAGACAUCAGAGACGAAAUGACUUUUGCUUAGCUGGAAAACCUAAAAAGUUAUUUCAUAAAAAGUGGAAAGCUUUGUAAAAUAAAUCAUUGAGGAAGGUUUUCAGAAAUGAUAUUUCUUCUAGGUAUCGAGCAAUUUCCGAGGAGCAAUCUGAUGUUGAUACGGAGUGGAAACCGUUCAGAACAACAAUUAUCACAUCGGUGAUCUUGUUGUGGACAGAAACAUUAGGGUGUAGCACUACACAGAAAUCCUUAGCAGAACCAAGAAGUUCAAAAAGCUUUACAGUCAACAAACUACUUAGCAUAGCAAAGUUUAUAUGAAAAGCUGCAAAUCGUUAAAGGAGAAAGUCUGAGAAUUGUUUGGCAGAAAACUUGCAUUAGACUAUGGCAAGCUAUAUGUUGUCUUCAUGAGAGGAGAGGGAAUACUACUAACUGAAAAAAGUGUGUGACUGGGGAGGAGGACAUUAUCAACAGGUAAGAAAGAGUACUUUAAUGAUCUAAACCCAGUGGAUGCUGGAGUGACAGACAUGAGCAGAAUGCUUUUUGAGAUGGAGAAUGGCCUUAUCAUGAUGGAAAUAGAAAUGCAAUCAAAUUGCUUAAAUUCAAUAAGGCAGCAUGUGAUGAUGAAAUUCAACCUAAAAUGUUAAAAGCCUUGAAUUCUGAACUUAAUUAAUUUGUAUUUGUCAAGUAGGCAUGGGUUUCUAAAAAGACACCAAAGCAAUGGCAGACUGGAGUUAUAAUCCCUAUCAUUAAGAAAGGAGAGAAGAGUGACUGCUGUAACUAUUGAGACAUCACUGCUCAUUUUCCUGAAAAAGUCUAUGCUAAGAGAUGCAGAAGUAUAGUUGAGGCUUCAUUUCAGAAUGAGUGGUGAGAUUUUUGAUCUAGCAGAAGCACAACAAACCAAAUCUUCAAAAAAUGCUGGGAGUAUGCAAAAAAGUUUUAUUGCCAUGUUCCUUGAGAUAAUUUCCAUGAAGUAUUGCAGACUUCUCACAGCUUACGCCCAGCUUUUAAUAGCCGUUAAAACUCUGUAUGCAUGCUCAGAGUUUUCAGUUUGUAUAAACUGUGUUUAGUCAAAGCUCUUUGGUUAGUACACAUUAUGAACAUCUCAAAGACUGAUAAUUGUAUUAAACACAAACGAUUUCCAGUUUCUUCUAUAUUUCCGCUAAUAUUAAUAAUUAAAUAUUGAAUAAUUUGUUCAGUAAAUGUAGGCAUAAGUGCAUCUCUUUGUUAAAUUUAAUGACAUGAUGUCUAACGCCUACUUCAAGUGCCAAAUUACUCAGUAUGUAAUUAUUAAUAAUAGUAGUAAUAUUGUCCCUUUUAAUCCAGCAAUCGUUUGCCUUUAGUUGAGUACAUUGUCACCACUGCUGUUUAUUAUUUGAACAGCAUUGACUGGAUUGAAAGUGUGAGGUGUGAAGAGUGUUGUUUUGGAGACUAUAUGAUAGGUCAACUACUUCUCGCUGAUAAUCUGGUUUUGCUCAGUCACUUGCAUUCAUCUUCAGGUAGCACUUCAUAGGUUUACACUGAUCCUGUGAUGAAAAUAAGUAUGCCAAAGACUGGAUGAUUGAUACUCAAGAAAUCCUAUUCAAUUACUCUCCAACUAAAUGGAACUACUUUGAGGCAGAUAAAGUUUAAAUAUUUUGGGAUUGCAUUCAUGAGUAAUGAAAAAGCAACACUCAAGAAAAGAUAUUAUGAGAGUUAAAUAGAUCAAUAGUAUUCAAAAAAAGCUAGAGAGGAAGACAAAAGUUGUCAUUCUUCGACUCAUUCUAUGUCCCAAUUCUCACCUAUGGGCAUGAAUAUUGGAUAAUGCUGAAAAACUGUGAUUUCCAGAUAGAGACAGCAGAGAUGAGAUUUGUCAGACGUUUACCGGUGUUAAGAGGCUUAACAGAGUUUACAACAUAAACAUUGAAAAAGUCUUAAUACGUGGCCACUGCUUCUUCAAAUUGAGAGAUAAUAGUUACAUUAGUUUGGGCACGUAAGCAGAAUGCCAUAGAAGAGACUUGUAAAAAGUAUAAUAUAACGUCUUCCUAUUCCAAUUGAUCCAGACCACACGUAAGAUGAAGAACCAGAGAGAACUUGUUGGAUGCAUCUCAGAAUACCAGCAGGAGAACUGAAUUUAGUUGCUGCAAAUUUAUCCCGUCGAAAGACUAUUUAAACUGCUUGCUUUCCUUGCAAAUUUCUGAUGAUAGUAGGUAUUGAAAAAGAGUGAAUGAAUGAAUAUAAGAGUAACUUUUUACUCAUGAAAUCCGGAAGAAAAGCCAGGAUAACUUUUAUUAGAUUAGACCAACUUUUGCAAGUUUCUAACAGAAUCUUUCUACUUGUGAAGGCUGCCAAAACAAUUUUCAAUAAAAAUUAAACCAAGUUAAAGAUAACUUUAUAUAUCUGUGGUGGUCUAACUGGGGCUCAUGAGUCACUUACAUCUUUUCUAGACCCUUAUUUCAGAUCCCAGGCACCUCU